CGUAUUGAUGAUGCAUAGGUCCUGGCAAGAGGUCGGUGUGUGGGCAAAUGCGCUGGGUGCUGAUGAAUGGUGUCGCGGAUUAAUGACGCUCUAGAGUGUAUGGCAGAUGUUGCAGCAUGGCGACUGUGAUACUGAGUGAGGCAGAGAAGGUGUACAUUCUGCACGGGGUUCAGGAUGACCUGAGGGCAGAUGGACGUGGAUGUGAGGACUACCGAUGCAUCGAAGUUGAGACAGAUGUGGUGUCAAACACCACAGGAUCUGCACGUGUUAAAAUUGGUCAUACUGAUGUCCUAGUGGGAGUGAAAGCAGAAAUGGGAGUACCGAAGUUGGAUAGGCCCAAGGAAGGUUACCUGGAGUUCUUUGUUGACUGCUCUGCUAAUGCCACUCCGGAGUUUGAAGGCCGUGGAGGAGAAGAACUGGGAACGGAGAUAGCAAACAUGAUGUAUAAAAUAUUUGAUAACAAGAGCAGCAUAGACCUUGCAUCCCUUUGUAUCCAGCCGAGAGAACAUUGCUGGGUCUUGUAUGUUGAUGUUUUGCUUUUGGAGUGUGGUGGUAACCUAUUUGACACAAUCUCUAUAGCGGUAAAAGCAGCUCUUUUUAACACCAGGAUACCUAAAGUGCGCUUGUUGGAAGAUGAAGAAGGAUGCAAAGAUAUCGAACUCUCAGAUGAUCCGUUCGAUUGUGUGCGGCUUUCUGUGGUUGAUGUUCCCUGCAUUGUAACAUUAAGCAGAAUUGGACACAGGCAUGUGGUAGACGCCAUGUUACAAGAAGAGGCCUGCUCAUUGGCCAGUCUGCUUGUCUCUGUGACAAGCAAAGGGGUGCUGACCUGCAUGAGGAAAAUAGGCAAAGGCAGUCUGGAUCCUGAGAGCAUAUUUGAGAUGAUUGAGACAGGGAAACGUGUAGCCAAGUCUCUACACACAUCUCUACAAAGUGUAUUAAAUCAGGAAGAAAGUUUAGGAAAGAAGAGGCAGAAAAUUGGAUUCCUAAGAUAAGCUGUCUAGACGGUCAUGGUUACGUUUAUAAAAAAAAGAAAAAGAAAAUGAUUUAUUUUCACACUGACUUUUAUAUGCCAUUUUUUUCAGUAUUGAUAUAGUGAAUAAUAAUGAAUAGUGCAGAAUUGCUUCAUCUCUUUGUUGGAGUUUGUAUGGAUACAGCUUUUUGCAUAUUAUCAAAGCUGGGGCUUGGCUGUAGAAGAAGGAACACACACAUUGCAGUUCCCUAAACAAUAAAAAUAUUUGUAAUACAGAA